UUGUUCAAAACCUCACAUCCAUGUAUACAUCAUUUGUCUCCACUCUCUCCCUACCACAAUUGUUCUAACGAACACAAGAGGUCUUGAAGAUCAAACAACAUUGUUCUGCGUUCGGCUUUUUUCGGGAAGGAAACCGAAUAAUCAUUUCGUUUUGUCAAUUCGAUAUAUAAAAUGGCUAGCCCUAUCCGACCGCCGAUAGCAGCGGCUGAUGAUCAUCAGCACGGUCGUAGCCAUGAAGCGGCCACUGCCUCCAUCACCACUGUUCACUCAGACAUCAUUCGGUCCCACAUCUUGACCCGCCUGGACGGCCCGGCCCUGGCGGCCGUCACCUGCGCCUCCGCCCAGCUCAGCGCCCUCUCCUCCGACGACGCUCUCUGGAGGGAUGUGUGUGCCUCGACAUGGCCGUCCACACAGGACCCGCUCGUCCGCCAGGUCAUCUCCACGCUCCCCUCCAGCCACCGCUCCUUCUUCUCCGACUCCUACCCGCUGCUUCACCGCCCCAAGCCGUCGAGGCAGAAGAAACGUCCCGCGUACAAGUUCCCGUCCCCGACCACCGAGUUGAUCUCAGCGGUCGAUCUAUUCUACAAGGACGAGCUCGUGUUCUCGAAGGUCCAGGCUAACGAGACAGAGUCGGGGUGGUUCCGGUGCUCGCCCUUUAGGGUCGACCUGCUCGGCCCCAAGGAGCUGCUCCCGACCUUCAUAACACGGAACUCUGCGGGGGCCGACGACGACGAGUGGCUCAGCCACUUGGAGGAGAACCUGACGAUGAGCUGGAUCGUGAUCGACACGGCACUGAAGCGUGUGGUGAACCUUUCGAGCAGGGAGCCGGUCUCGGUCCAGAGGCACUGGCUGACGGGGGACAUCUUGGUCCUGUACGGGACCAUAGUGGCAGGGGAGCCACGGAAAGGGUCAGCAGCGGAAGUUGUGCAGUUUGGGGCGGUGGUGACGUUCGGGGCAGGGAAGAGCAAGGGAGGAGUAGGAGAGGAUUGCCUGGAGGUGACGGAGGUGAGCCUGCAGGUGGAGGACAUGGAAGGGAGGAGCUUGAACGGGAGAGACAGUUUGGUAAUACUCGAGGCGGCCAUGGAGGGCGGGCAGAGGCGGAAGGCGAGGAAGAGAGGGGAGGCGAAGGAGCAGUUCAAGGAGUUUGAGGAGAUGAAAAGGGAGCGAAGGCGGCAGCAGCACAGGGCGGAGAGGGCCCUUGACUUGGCCUGCAUCGCCGUCGGCGUCACCAUUUUCGUGACAUUUUGGUCGUACAUUUUGUUUAGGUAGAAAAAAUUAAUAUAAUAUAUAUAUUUAUUUAUUUAAGUAAAUAUAGAAUGGCAAAAAUUUAAAAGUUAGAAAUAUAAGCAAAUCAUAUUAUUUCAUUGGUUUGGAAGAGGAGUGAGAUAUGACAUUAGCCCCACCAUGUAAUGACGGCCUAUGAAAGAUUCAAGGGCAAAACUUGAUCAUCCUUACCAUACAUGUAUUUUUCGGAAGAUAUCAAUAGAAAUCAAAUUCUUUACAAAUGGAUGUGGUUACGUA